AUGCCUGUGUGGGUGCCAGAGACAACCGAAGAGUUACUAGACUCAAGUGGGUCCCCAGAAGCCGAAACUGUUCAUACCUCGACUGGGACUUGCGGAAGUCUGCGAGGGACUGGUGAAUUUGAUAUAUUCUCAAAACCGAGAUGUCUGGUGUACACUGACGAUGAAGGUUUACUAACCAUUAACACAGGCGUGUUGAAUGCAAUAUCUCAGAUUGAGUGUCCGCUAAACGUUGUCAGCAUUUGUGGCGUUUACAGAACAGGGAAAUCUUAUUUGAUGAACAGAUUAGCUGGAGAAAGGGCAGGUUUUCCACUUGGUGAUACCACCCAGUCCGAAACCAAAGGAAUAUGGGUAUGGUGCAAGGACCAUCCUAAUCAUAAGAACGAGGCACUUCUUCUCAUCGAUACGGAAGGCUUAGCGGAUCCAGAGAAGGGAGACACGGAUCAUGACAACAGAUUGUUCUGUCUUACCCUCCUGUUGAGCAGCACUAUGCUUCUGAAUGUGAAAGGAGUUCUCGAUUAUGCCUGGUAUAGUUUCAUUACAGAACUCACAUCAAAAGUCCACAUUUUAACUGACGAUGAUGAUGAACAGUUCAAUGCAAGCACUAUCAAACUUGCGUCCCCACAGUUGAUUAUUUGUGUUCGGGAUUUUUAUCUUCAAAAUAAACGGAACAACAAGGAAAAAACUGCAGAUGAGUAUCUAGAGGAUAACCUUAUUAUAUCAACGAAAAAGAACCAAGAAAAAUACAAUAAGAUCAAAACCUGUAUCAAGAACUACUUUCCAGGCAGAAAAUGUUUUACGAUAGCACAGCCAGCCAUAGGAGAAAAACUGCGGGAGAUCGAAGAUCAAAGCGAUGAUCAAUUAGAGCAGAAAUUCCUCGAAAAUGUUCAAGCUUUGAUUAACUAUGUGUAUAAUUGCGAACCAAAGUAUAUUUGCAAUAUAAGCAAGAAGACAGUAGACGGAACGGACUUCGCGUCUUACGCAACAACCUAUGUUAUGGCUUUUAGAAAGGAAUCAGCUAUUAGCCUAGAGAAAGCAUAUGAAUGUGCUGCAGAUAGGCGCAACAGAAAGGUUUUAAAGGUGGUACUAGAUGAAUUCAAAAAGAAGUUAGAACAAACGGAACUUCCAACGCGUAAGCAAAUUCUGCAGACUAACUUCCUCAUCGCUUAUGACCAAGGACUUGCAAAGUACCGCAAUGAGUCAUUCCCGUAUUUGCAAGAUCAGUUGGAAGAAGAAAUUAUGACAGAGAUGCAACAUCAAUUUGAAACUCUUAUGAAAAGGCUUUCUCUAAAGAGUCAAGAAGAAGGGAAGAGAAAACUAACAGAACUUUAUCGAGAGAUGAGGAGUAAGCACGAAAGUGAGUACAAUGCUGAAAACGGAUAUGAACGCUAUAAAAAUGACAUGGUACAACUGGAAAAGGAUUUCUUUUCACAAAUGGAAGGCUACGAUAAAGAUGAU